GGCUCUCCCGGAAGUCAAAGCGCCAUCGGGAGGGCCGCAGUAGCUGCUCUGUGCCCUUGUUGCCGAGGGCCUCUUUCUGGGUCAUUCCUGGAGCAGCGGCCGGACUGGGGCUGACACCCGGGCUCCCGCGUGGCCCUCUCGGCGCCUGUGUGACCUCGCGGGCGGGAUGUGGCGACUACGCCGGGCCGCCGUGGCCUGUGAGGUCUGCCAAUCCUUAGUGAAACAUAGCUCUGGAAUCAAAGGAAGCUUACCACUACAAAAACUGCAUCUGGUUUCACGAAGUAUUUAUCAUUCACACCAUCCUACCCUGAAGCUUCAAAGACCCCAGUUCAGGACAUCAUUUCAUCAGUUCUCCUCUUUAGCUAACCUUCCGUUACGUAAAUUGAAGCUUUCUCCGAUGAAAUAUGGCUACCAGCCUCGCAGGCAUUUUUGGCCAGCAAGAUUAGCUGCAAGGCUCCUGAAACUGCGAUAUCUCAUACUAGGAUCUGCUGUUGGCGGUGGCUAUACAGCCAAAAAGACUUUUGAUCAGUGGAAAGAUCUGAUACCUGACCUUAGUGACUAUAAGUGGAUUGUGCCUGACAUCGUGUGGGAGAUUGAUGAGUACAUCGAUUUAGAGAAAAUUAGAAAAGCACUUCCUAAUUCAGAUGACCUUGCAAAAUUGACCCCUGACUUUGAUAAAAUUGUUGAAAGCCUCAGUUUACUGAAGGAUUUUUUCACCACAGGUCACAAAUUGGUUAGUGAAGUCAUAGGAGCUUCUGACCUACUUCUCUUGUUAGGUUCACCUGGAGAAACAGCAUUUAGAGCAACAGAUCAUGGAUCUGAGAGUGACAAGCAUUAUAGAAAGGGUCUGCUUGGUGAGCUCAUUCUCUUACAACAGCAAAUUCAAGAGCAUGAAGAGGAAGCGCGCAGAGCCGCUGGCCAAUAUAGCACGAGCUAUGCCCAACAGAAGCGCAAGGUGACAGACAAAGAGAAAAUUGACCAGCUUCAAGAAGAACUUCUGCAUACUCAGUUAAAGUACCAGAGGAUCUUGGAACGGUUAGAAAAAGAGAACAAAGAAUUAAGAAAAUUAGUAUUACAGAAAGAUGACAAAGGCAUCCAUCAGAGGAAGCUUAAGAAGUCCUUGAUUGACAUGUAUUCUGAAGUUCUUGAUGUUCUAUCUGAUUAUGACGCCAGCUACAAUACACAAGAUCAUCUGCCAAGGGUUGUUGUGGUUGGAGAUCAGAGUGCUGGAAAAACUAGUGUGUUGGAGAUGAUUGCUCAGGCGCGGAUAUUCCCUCGAGGAUCCGGGGAGAUGAUGACCCGUUCUCCUGUUAAGGUCACUCUGAGUGAAGGUCCUCACCACGUGGCCUUGUUUAAAGAUAGUUCUCGGGAGUUCGAUCUUACCAAAGAAGAGGAUCUUGCAGCAUUAAGACAUGAAAUAGAACUCCGAAUGAGGAAGAACGUGAAAGAAGGCUGUACUGUUAGUCCUGAGACCAUCUCCUUAAACGUGAAAGGCCCUGGCCUGCAGAGGAUGGUGCUUGUUGACCUCCCAGGCGUGAUUAAUACUGUGACAUCGGGUAUGGCUCCCGACACAAAGGAAACUAUCUUCAGUAUCAGCAAAGCUUAUAUGCAGAAUCCUAAUGCCAUCAUACUAUGCAUUCAAGAUGGAUCUGUGGAUGCUGAACGCAGCAUUGUUACAGACUUGGUCAGUCAAAUGGAUCCUCAUGGAAGGAGGACGAUAUUUGUUUUGACCAAAGUAGACCUGGCAGAGAAAAACGUGGCUAGCCCAAGCAGGAUUCAGCAGAUAAUUGAAGGAAAACUCUUCCCAAUGAAAGCUCUAGGUUAUUUUGCUGUUGUAACAGGAAAAGGAAACAGCUCUGAAAGCAUUGAAGCUAUAAGAGAAUAUGAAGAAGAAUUUUUUCAGAAUUCAAAACUCCUAAAGACGAGCAUGCUAAAGGCACACCAAGUGACUACAAGAAAUUUAAGCCUGGCCGUAUCGGACUGCUUUUGGAAAAUGGUACGAGAGUCCGUUGAACAACAGGCUGAUAGUUUCAAAGCAACACGUUUUAACCUUGAGACUGAGUGGAAGAAUAACUAUCCUCGCUUACGAGAACUUGACCGGAACGAACUAUUUGAAAAAGCUAAAAACGAAAUCCUCGAUGAAGUUAUCAGUCUGAGCCAGGUUACACCAAAACAUUGGGAGGAAAUCCUUCAGCAGUCUUUGUGGGAAAGAGUUUCAACUCAUGUGAUUGAAAACAUCUAUCUUCCAGCUGCACAGACCAUGAAUUCAGGGACUUUUAAUACGACAGUGGAUAUCAAGCUUAAACAGUGGACUGAUAAACAGCUUCCUAAUAAAGCAGUAGAGGUUGCUUGGGAGACCCUGCAAGAAGAAUUUUCCCGCUUCAUGACAGAACCAAAAGGGAAAGAGCAUGAUGACAUAUUUGAUAAACUUAAAGAGGCUGUUAAGGAAGAAAGUAUCAAGCGCCACAAGUGGAAUGAUUUUGCAGAGGACAGCUUGAGGGUUAUUCAACACAAUGCUUUAGAAGACCGGUCCAUAUCUGAUAAACAGCAGUGGGAUGCCGCUAUUUAUUUUAUGGAAGAAGCUCUUCAGGCUCGCCUCAAGGACACUGAAAAUGCAAUCGAAAACAUGAUAGGUCCAGAUUGGAAAAAGAGAUGGUUAUACUGGAAGAACCGGACCCAAGAACAGUUCGUCCACAACGAAACCAAGAACGAGUUGGAGAAGAUGUUGAAGUGUAACGAGGAGCACCCGGCCUACCUCGCAAGCGAUGAGAUAACCACCGUGCGGAAGAACCUGGAAUCCCGAGGGGUGGAAGUGGAUCCAAGCUUGAUUAAAGAUACGUGGCACCAGGUGUAUAGAAGACAUUUCUUAAAAACGGCUCUAAAUCACUGUAACCUUUGUCGAAGAGGUUUUUACUACUACCAAAGACAUUUUGUAGAUUCUGAGUUGGAAUGCAAUGAUGUCGUCCUGUUUUGGCGAAUACAGCGGAUGCUUGCUAUCACUGCAAAUACCUUAAGGCAGCAACUUACAAACACUGAAGUCAGGCGAUUAGAGAAAAACGUGAAAGAGGUCCUGGAAGAUUUCGCUGAAGACGGCGAGAAGAAGGUAAAGCUGCUCACUGGCAAACGCGUUCAGCUGGCCGAAGACCUCAAGCAGCUUGCCUCUGCUGUGUUCACCCCUGCACCCACCUCUUCCUUGCUCACAUCUUGUGAUAAGGCUUUCAUCCCUAGAGAGAGCGCUUCCUUCCGGGUCACCAGUGAUCUCCUGAUUGCCAGUCCAUGCAGUUCACCAAAACACCCUCAUCCUUGCUUAUUAGAGAAAGUUCGAGAAAUUCAAGAAAAACUUGAUGCUUUUAUUGAAGCUCUUCAUCAGGAGAAAUAAAUGAAUCCUACUCAUAAUAUAGUCACCUCUGCAUACAUGUGAAGAAAGAAAACUCCAAAGUCUUUCGUCCUGCCUUUUUUUCCUUCUGCUAUUCCACCUUUCUAAACAUGAAAUAAAGUCACGGGAUAAAAAUAAUUUACGCGUAGUAGAGGCACUUUGACCAUUAAUUGCCUUUUGAAUCCAAAAAGAGUGGAAAUGCCAUUAAAAUCCUAUUUUAUCAUAUUAAAGUAAAUUGAGAUAAUACAAGUGGUAUGGCCAUCAGGUUGAGCCCUUGAAGAUAAGAAACUUGCUCUCCUGCUUGUCCCAUUUGUGGUGGCACUCGUUCACCUAAUUCGUUAGCUGAUGUUACUCAGUGUCCGUUUCUUCUCUGGGGAAAAAAUGCCAGGUGUUGUGUAAAGCUAUCCACUGUAUAUAAAGCGAUAGUAAGCCGCUAAGUUGUUGUCUGUGUCUGUAAUGAUCUUUAUCCAGAAACUGUCUGAUUAUGAAAAUUUGGUCUACAUUUAUCAUGUGAAAGAGAACUCAUAAACAGAAGAACACCUCAAAUGGGUCAAUUUGGACUGCAGCAAUUCCAUGCACAUGCAGUGCAUGAGUUCUCAACCAUCGUUGACACUUAGAGAGUAGCCUUAGGAGCUAAGUCAGCAGCAAGUCACCCGUUUGCUUCCAGGGAUGUUUUUGUACUUUCUGUGUCCAUUUGAAAUUCAUUCAUUUGGGAUGUGGUGUAGGCGAGCCAGGUUUUCGGUUAACGAGGGGGGAGGGGGUUACCUGUUGACAGAGCUGUUGGGUUGAGACACAGGAUAGGGAAGAUAAAGAAUAAUCAGUUGACUAGUUUUAUUUAGACUGCCAAGCAUUUCAGGUAGGCAGCAGGAAAAGGCUCUUUCAUAAGACUGCAUUUUAAGUAGAAAUUCUGUCAACAGAAUAAUGUUGACCAUCUCCCUCUUAGCUGAGCUUAUAAAGAGAAACAUAAAAUUGGAUUCAUUGUAGGUCAGGGACAAUACCUUCACAGCAUUUGUGUGUGUGUCAUAAAUAUUUUUUAUUGGCUAAAGGACUUUAAAGCAAAGAAGUAUACCAUUUUUUACUUCAAAUGUCUUUGUCACUUAUCUCUGCUCCUUGCUUCCAUUUCAUUAAGCCUUUAUUAUUCUAAUAAAAAUGCCCAUUGUUUGACAGUUUUUAUUUUACAGUUAACUUUACAGGGUUUUUUUUUUUUUUUGAAUUAUGUUUUGUUAACAGUUCCCUUGCCCUAGUUUUUUUUUCCCCCUGAUAUAGCAUUCAAUGUAUUCUUCAUUGUGAUUUCUCUCAACAUCUGCUGACACUUAAUAUACAAGAUUGGAAGGCUAUUGUAAAAUACUUCGGAAAUCAAGAGUUCAGUGUGUAUUUGUUGUAUACUGUUUGAUGAGAAACGUAGACCCAGUUUUAAACAGCUGAUAGCAGUGCACAUUGUUACUUGAUGGGUGAGGAGUCUAGAACAUUUCACGUGUCUUUCAGCUCUAGGGCCAGUAGGGGAACAGCAAGGGAGUAGAGUGCCCGCUGCCCCGGUGUCCAUGCCGAAUGUAAAGGUGACCUCACUAGCUAUCUCUAAUCAGUGCUUAGUGACGACCCCGCAUUGAAGCAGACACCAUAUAAUCAUUAUUUUUGUAGUUGUAAAACACAACCACUUUACAACUACGUAAUUAUUUCUAAAGAAAUACGACUGUGUUAUUUGUAUGUGCUACAGAUGGGGGCGGGAGAAAUGCCCUCAACUGUGUUUCUGUAGAUUUUUCUCAAGCAAAAGGCUGAUGUUCAGUCAGUCUUUUUAUCACAUCCCUUUGUAUAAGUUUAAGAAAUGGGGAUGGGGUAUCUUCAUUUCUCUGAGAUCAGUAUCUGUAAUUUAAACAUAUAAAUAGAUGAUAAAAAUCCCAAAUAAGAGUCCAGACAUCCCCACAUUCCCACAGUAAUAUGACUUCUUUCUUUCGUGAGCUACAUUUUUUUUUUCCUUUUUAGCUGAUCUCAUUCUAAGCAUGCCUUGUUUUUAUUUUUUUAUCCUUGAAAGCUAGGUUGAUUCAGAUGUUAUUAAAAGAAAAAAUAAAAUUCGGACUCUCAACAGUAAACCCUGUGUGUUGUGUCUGACAAAUGAUUCAAAUGUAAACAGAUCGCUUCAGAAAUUCAGCAUACAGGAGUUAAAUUCUAAGUAGACCAGGAAUCCUUUAUUUUUUCACGUCAGAAUUUGCAAAGAAUAGCAUGAACAAAGCUCUGUAUGGAAGACUGAACAGCUGUAAAUGGAUUAGAUCUAAACUGUACCCGGUCAGGGCAUACGUUUUAGAAAGCCAUACUCGGUAGGCAGUGCCCAGGAGGAAACAAGGGUCUCUCGCUCCCUCUCCGCUGAGUCAGUGGGGCUCUGGCUACAGGCGUUGUGAUCAGCCUUUCGUAGUAGCUUAACUGUAUUCUCUCCUCUUUGUAUUAUCCCCCCUUUUCAGGCUUUACUCCAAUGGACUCCUUCCCACAAAUAAUUUAGCCUCCAAGUACAAAUAAAUAGUGUAAAAAAAUGAGGAGGGGACAUUGCAGAGAGCAGUGCUUCCUAGCCUUACAAUUUGGGAAUUUUACAUAUGAUGAAGAGAGUCAGAGUGUAGGCUUAAACGAUAAAUUCCUUAGCUAGCUUAUAAUCUGAUGUCUACUUAUUUUAGAUGUAUUUAUCUGCAGAAAAAAGUACGAUGUUUUAGUUUUCCAGUAAGAGGGAUCAAAAUGAUGCUUUUUAUCUCCAUCCUCGAAGCUCAUGUUUGCUAUAUUUUCAUGGUUCUUUAGCAAUAUAGGGAUGUGCUUGCAAAUAUACUCACUUUUGGAUGAUCAUGGCUCUGUGUUUAAAUAGUUAAAACUUAACCUUGUUUUUACUUGUUUGCUGUGAAUGAACUCUGUAUCCUUUUUUAAAACCUUCCCACUACAUGCAGAUGUUACUGCGGUUUAUAUUUUGCCUGUGCUUCAUCUAAGGUCAUUUGUGUAGAUUGUGUAGAUUAGUAAUUAAAGUAAUUUAAAUCAUGUUCUAAUUCUGUCUUGGAGAGUAUCUUUUAAGUUUUCUCUGUAUUAACGAGGGGCUGAGAGAGAACGAGACCUUUGCAAUAUAACCAAAUUUCUGGUCUAACACGCCUCUUAAUGUGGUUCUUCUCUGAAUACUUAACAUUUCACAUGCUUCACAUUUUACAGCUGUAAUUAUGGUCAAAUAAUGCCUUUUUAUCAUAUCUUGAUACUUGUCAAACAUUUUGGUAUUUUCUUUGAUAAAACUCAUUAAAAAUGUCUUUUAAUUGGA